GAUCCCGCGCUCGAGUGGGUCGCGAAGGACGACGUCUCGGUCAUCCUUGCCCACGAUUUCCGGGUCCGCAACGAAGAUGUGGGCACGUGGUACAAGGCGUUCGUCGACGCACACUCUGGUGAGCUCGUCUCGGUCACCGACUUCGUGGCCAAGGCUUCUUACCCCGUCCUCCCCAUCACCAAG